UUCGUCUUCCCAACACAAAUCACUUCUCAACGAACCUAUUUCUCCCCCAUCUCUUAGCUUUCUCUCAAAACAUCCAUAAAAUCUAAUUUCAAGCUUUAAACUUGAAAAACAAAAUCAUGGGGCUGAAAGGCUUUGUUGAAGGUGGCAUUGCUUCCAUUGUGGCCGGUGCUUCUACGCAUCCUCUUGAUCUUAUCAAGGUUCGUAUGCAACUGCAGGGUGAAUCCCACCUGCCAAAACCCUCAAUGCAAGCUUACAAUCCUCAUCCUGCAAUGUCUUUUAACACUGUUAAUGGCGCUAAUCUUGCUUUACCUUCAAACUUUCACAUAGCUCCACCCUCCCGCGUCGGCCCCGUUUCAAUCGGAGUUCGUAUCAUUCGAACCGAAGGCGUCGCCGCCCUUUUUUCUGGUGUCUCGGCCACCAUUCUCCGCCAAACCCUAUACUCUACGACCCGCAUGGGCCUUUAUGAUAUUCUUAGAAACAAAUGGGCAAACCAAGAGAGCGGAAGCUUGCCUCUCUUGCAUAAGAUAGCCGCCGGGCUAAUCGCUGGCGGCAUCGGUGCAGCCGUGGGAAACCCUGCGGACGUGGCAAUGGUCCGGAUGCAGGCUGAUGGACGUCUGCCCAUUGACCAACGCCGCAACUACAAGAGUGUAGUUGACGCCCUUAGCCAAAUGUCAAAGCAAGAGGGCGUGCUGAGCCUGUGGCGGGGGUCGAGCCUCACGGUUCACCGAGCAAUGAUUGUGACGGCGUCGCAGCUUGCAUCGUAUGAUCAAAUCAAAGAGGUGAUUUUGGAGAGGGGUGUGAUGCAGGAUGGAAUCGGUACCCACGUGGCGGCGAGCUUCGCUGCGGGGUUUGUGGCGGCAGUGGCAUCAAAUCCUAUUGAUGUGAUAAAGACUAGAGUGAUGAAUAUGAAGGUGGAAGCCGGGGCUGCGCCGGCGUACACGGGAGCAUUGGAUUGUGCAGUUAAGACGGUUAGGAAGGAGGGAGCGAUGGUUUUGUAUAAAGGCUUUGUCCCUACGAUUUCAAGGCAAGGGCCAUUCACGGUUACUCUCUUUGUGACAUUGGAGCAGAUCAGGAAGCUGCUCAAAGAAUUUUAAUCAUAGAUAAAUCUCGAUUUAUUUAUUUUAAGUAUAUAAAUAGAUAUAUUUUGAUAUA